AUGUCCGAUUUAAAAGAACAUUUAACAUUUACCCCAAUUGAAUCUAUUAAGCCUGGUGUUGAUAGAGUAAGAAAAGGAUUUCAUUCAACUCAAAGAUCCCAUUCCCUUCAAUUUAGAUUAAAUCAAUUACGUAACUUUUAUUUUGCUUUAUCUGAUAAUAUUGAUGCUUUAUCUGAUGCUUUAUUGGCAGAUUUCCGCCGGUCGGUGGUCGAAACCAAGUUUUUAGAAAUUGGUGGUGGAUUAAAACAAGUUCUUCAUAUGAUGUCAAAAUUAGAGGAAUUUGCCAAACCAGAAAAGGUUAUUGAUAUUCCUUCAACCAUGCAAAAUCAACCAGUUUUCAUUGAAAAAAUACCCUUGGGGGUUAUUCUUAUUAUUUCUCCAUUCAAUUUCCCACUUAUCUUAUCUAUUGGUGCCAUUGCUGGUGCCAUUGCUGCUGGCAAUGCAAUUGUAUUCAAACCUUCAGAAUUAACUCCUCGUUGUUCAGAAAUUUUCACCAAGAUUUUAUCAGAUGCUUUAGAUCCUGAUUUUUUCUUUGCAGUUAAUGGUGGCAUUGAAGAAACAACCGAACUUUUAAAUCAAAAAUUCGAUAAAAUUAUGUACACUGGUAAUGCUCGUGUUGGUAAGAUAAUUGCUCAAAAAGCCGCUGAGACUUUAACUCCAGUUAUAUUAGAAUUAGGUGGUAAAUCUCCAGUUAUAGUUUUAGAUGAUAUUGAGCCAGAAAACAUUCCAAUGAUUGCAAGAAGAAUUGCUUGGGGUAGAUUUAUGAAUUGUGGUCAAACAUGUAUUGCAGUCGAUUAUGUGUUGGCUCCAGAAUCAAUAAAAGAUGCUUUAGUGAAAGAAAUGGUAAGAAUUAUAAAAGAAGAAUUUUACCCUCAGGUUAAAUCAGGCCAUGCUGAUUAUACUCAUAUUAUUAGUCAACGUGCUUUUAACCGUAUUACCGGAAUGAUUGAUAAUUCAAAAGGUAAUAUUGUUGUUGGAGGCGAUCGUGAUGAAAAUACCUGUUAUAUUCAUCCAACUAUUAUUGAUAAUAUUGAUUGGGACGAUUCUACUAUGGAGGAUGAAAUUUUUGGUCCUUUAUUACCAGUUAUUAGUUAUACCGAUUUGAAGAAGGAAAUUAAAGAAUUGACCUCCCGUCAUGACUGUCCUUUAAAUCAAUACAUUUUCACCAAGAAUCCUAAUCGAAGUGAAAAUAAAGAUCUUGAUUUCAUUUUGAAAUCAGUUAGAUCAGGUGCUGCCAUGGUUAACGACGUUGUCAUGACUGUAACCUUAUCAAAUGCUCCUUUUGGUGGUGUUGGUCAAUCUGGUUAUGGUUCGUACCACGGUAAAUUCUCCUAUCGUGCUUUCUCCCAUGAAAGAACCUUCAUUGAAGAAACUUUAGCCACUGAUGGUCAUUUGAGCUGGAGAUAUCCUUCAGUCACUGCCGAAAAGGAAAAACUCACCGCUAAAGAUAUUCCCAACGAUAUGGUUAUCCCGUCCGAAAGCGUUUGGUUUAAAAGAUACGAUGACGUGCCUCCUGCUCCUAGAAAUGACAAGAAAUCCGGUGCCAACUCUUGGAACGACUUCAUCUCCCGUUUAUUCAAGUAA